AUGUCUCGUCUCACCUUCUUUAACCCAGUUGAUCAUGAGCUAAUCAAAUACUUGAAUGCGAAGAUCACCAAAGAGGAUGAUACACCUGCGGAUGAGAGCGAGAUAAAGGAAGUUAAUCUAUGUAACCACGAACCUCAAGAGAUACCUGGCUUGGCUAGGAUGGAAUCUGACCACCUCUGGCACAUCAUAUCACCUGUGGAAAAGUUAAACGGGGAAUUUCAACUAACAAAGAGAACGUCCAAGACAGGAGUCAAAUCUUCCUCAUCAAGGCGUACACCAAAAAUAAAGUCUGAUUGGAUCAUGCACGAGUACAACUCCCUGAUUCAACAUCCUAAAAAGGAAGCUUUUGUGCUUUGCAAACUUAUGAAGAGGGUUCCUGAGAAAAGGGUGAUACCAAUAAAAAAAAAACAUAUGAAAAGGGCAAGAGCUCCACGGAGUAGUGCUACCCGAGAGAACUCCCGGCGUGUAGCAGACCCGGAUAUCUCUCUUAAUACUGUGCCAGAGGCUUCUCCGGUGCUGGAAGUGGCUCCGGCGAUGGUGGUGACUGAUCCGGCUAUCGCUCCUAAUUUUCCGGUGCUGGAAGUGGAUGAUCUUAUAUAUAACGACAACAACUACUGGAGAAACUUUCCCCAGGAAUUCUAUCUUAAUACUGUGCCAGAGGCUUCUCCGAAGCUGGAAGUGGCUCCGGCGAUGGUGGUGACUGAUCCGGCUACCCCUCCUAAUCCUUUUCUAUUCAACACGUGA